AUUUUAACCGAGCUAUGAUAGUCGACCAAGAUUUGUUAUGUUGUUUUGUUGGAAACUUUUCUAUUCCGUUUUAUUUUAAUUUGUAUGUUGGAAAUUUAGUGUUUAUGUUAUUAUGUUGAAUGUGUUUGAAUUGUGUUUAAUUUGAUACAUUUUAGUUGAAUUGUAUGGGAUUUUAUCAUGGUUGUGUUUUUUUUUUCCUUUUUAAAAUUUAAUAUCCAUGGGUACCCGGGGAAAAUAAACAGGGAUCCGUAACGGGGAUGGGCGGAGACGGGGGACAAUUUGCUAAACGGGGACUGGGGGAUGGUCCUCGCCCCCAUGGAGACCCAUUGCCAUCCCUAAAUUCAUCCCUCUAUUGUUAAUUUGUUAUUGCCUAUAAUUAAUAAAAAAAUAAUUACCAAACAUAAGUUAAAAUUUUUCAUAGGAUAAUGAAAUAAUUGACAAAAUAUUCGUCAAAAUUUAAAUUUGUCUCUCUGAAUUUCUUCGCCACCGCAUCCUACAGUCUCGUCAAUUUCCAUUGGAAAGAACAAACUGUGGAGUUGGAAACCCUCACCUGCAACGACCAUCCCAAUCCAAACCAUGUUGGGUUUCUGCAACGCCACGAAUGUUGUUCUCCACCUUCGUCAAAACCUUUCCGUUUGGGGCGUGCGUGCACGAAAUAUAAACAUAGGAGGUGGUGUUGGAGGUGAAAUCCCUGACCAGAAACGCCUCCAGUAUGCUCUUCAGCAUAUCCAUGGCAUUGGGCGUUCCAAGGCUCAUCACAUUGUCUGCGAGCUCGGUGUCGAAAACAAAUAUGUUAGAGACCUUAGCAAGAGAGAGUUGUACUCCCUUCGCGAAUUGCUUUCCAAGUACUUGAUUGGGAAUGAUUUGAAAAAAUGUGUUGAAAGAGAUGUGGGGAGGUUGGUGGGCAUUCAGUGCUACAGAGGCAUCAGGCAUGUCGAUGGCUUACCCUGUCGAGGCCAGCGAACUCAUACCAAUGCCCGCACCAGGAAGAGCAGGCCUACUUGGAGGGGAACAAGAUGAAGAUGAAUAUUGCUGCUUGUGAUCAAUCAACAGAUGAGUUGUGUUUUAGUCUUUCAGCUCCGCAUAUAAAAGCUAAUUGAAUAAGUUCUUGUUUUUAUGGCAGUUGAUUAGUAAUAGUUUAUUGUCUUUAAGUUGGUACUGUCAAUCAUUUGUGCUGAUUGCAUAGGUGUUUUUUUCUCUAUUUCCCUAUUUGCCUGAAGAACUAUGAAGCAUCUUGAAGUGGAAUUUGAGUUCCUACCAAUUUAUGAAGGUUCAACUUAGAACUUCUUUUGUGUCUGUAGUUCCGAAUAUUCCAGUUUAUUGAUUGAGUGCAAUUCUAUUUUUUCA